GUCGUCUAAAUUGCAAAACAACGUGCCCGGUGCCACCCAAAUCUCAAUUAACAAUUUUACUUUGGUUAAUUUAAACUUUGAAAUAGUUUUCUACAUAAAAUGACUAGGUUUGCCAGAGCUCGAGGUUCAAAGUCUUCCAAUCAGAAGUUACCAGAAGAAGCGACUCCAUGGUCAAAAAUGAAAGAGGGUCCACAAUCGGACGACGACGCGAAGGAUGAGGAACCCAACGUUAAAAAGCCUAAAGACAUUAAUAGUAAACAUAAUUCGUUUUCUAACGUUGAAAAGUUUGAAGGUUUUAGUGUUUUGAAAGAAGAUGCAGCUUCAUUGCGAGCAGAAAAACUAAAACUAAUAAAACAAGGUGUGCCUAGACAUCAGCUUAAAGUGCAUUUAAUGCCUUUGCGUCGUCGAGCUGAGAAAAAGUUGGCAAGAUUAAGGCAAAAAACUUGUUUUCAUUGUCGUCAACCAGGACAUAUGCUCAAUCAAUGUCCACAACUAGCAUCAAAUACAGCAUUAGGAGUGUGUUUCAAAUGCGGUUCUACUGAACAUAAAUUACAAGAAUGCCGGAAUGCCGGCAAUAGUAGUCAACUUGAAUAUGCUAAAUGCUUUAUAUGUAAUGAAGAUGGUCAUUUGUCACGUCAGUGCCCAGAUAAUCCAAUGGGCUUAUAUCCAAAUGGAGGUGCUUGCAGACUAUGUGGAGAUGUAACACAUUUUGCAAAAGACUGUCCUGAAAAACAAAAGCGGAAAAAUGAAGAUGAUUUACCUGUUGUUGGAAUGAUGAAUAACCGUGAAAUUGAAGAAUUAGAAGAUAAUAAACAACACAAAAAAAGAAAUCUCACUGGUUUUAAUGGAACAAAAAUGUUUAAAAAAAGAAAAUUAGUUGUUAUGAAAUGAUAAUAGUUUUUAUGAAUAUAUUGUUUUAAAUUUGACUUAUAAAUGUAUAAUGUAUUUUACUUAAAUACACGAAUCUGAGUCUCAUCAGCUAUUCUUGCCGACAACUGGCAAUUAUAUUAGUUGAUAUAUUAUUUGUUCAGUUUUUAAUUUUUUGUUAUUGAAAUACAAGGAAAAUUGUACAUAACAUA